AUGGAAAGCUCGCUGAGAUACAUUAGCAGCUCUUCUUUGCAUCAAAGAAUAGCGAUCAAAAUAGGUACUCUGGAAGGAGAAAAUGUUGGCUACUCGUACGAAAAGCUGAUUGAGCAACCGUUGCUAAAAUUCUCCGGAAUGUACACUGAGAAAACGCCACCCUUGAAGGUAAAAUUACAGAUAUUUGAACACGGAGAACCAGUGGGUCUGCCGGUAUGCACAUCCCAUAAGCACUUCUCUACGCGAUGGAGCUGGAACGAGUGGGUUACCUUGCCCCUGAGAUUCACCGAUAUAUCCCGCACGGCUGUGAUUGGACUGACGAUCUACGAUUGUGCUGGAGGAAGAGAACAGCUAACAGUAGUAGGCGGGACAUCGAUAUCGUUUUUCAGCACGAACGGACUCUUUCGCCAGGGUUUAUAUGAUUUAAAAGUGUGGCCGCAGAUGGAACCAGAUGGGACCAGAAAUUCAACAACUCCUGGCAAGUGCUCGAAUGCGGGUGUUAAUCAAAUGCAACGAUUAUCAAAGUUGGCAAAAAAGCACCGUAACGGGCAGAUGGAAAAAAUCGAUUGGCUUGAUCGUCUCACGUUCCGCGAACUGGAAGUUAUAAAUGAAAUGGAGAAGCGCAACUCCCAAUUCCUUUAUCUGAUGGUGGAAUUUCCUCAAGUGUUCAUCGAAGAAAAAAUGUACUCCGUAAUACAUCUGGAAAAAAAUUCCAAUUCUAUGCUUACAUUUAUACCGAAGCCAAAAAUAGUGGUAGUCCCGGACUGUGAAAUUCAUCAGGAAAAUCUUGUUGAACGCAAACACCACAGACUUUCCCGUUCGGCCCGUUCCGGCACAUCAGAUAGAGAUGUCAAGCCUAAUGCUGUCGUACGAGAUACACUAAACGCGAUUGUGUAUCGAUAUUCCUCAACGUAUCCAUUGAGUAGCGAGGAGCAGGACAUCAUUUGGAAAUAUCGUUUCUAUCUUAGUAGCCACAAGAAAGCGUUAACAAAAUUUUUGAAGUGCGUUAAUUGGGAAACUGCUACCGAAGUUCGACAGGCGCUCGCGUUGCUCGAAAGCUGGUCUCCGAUGGAUGUCGAGGAUGCCCUUGAGCUACUGAAUUCAACAUUCCGUCAUCCGGUCGUCAGAUGGUACGCCAUCACACGUCUCAAUGAAGCUUCCGAUGAAUAUUUGCUGCUGUAUUUGUUACAGCUGGUACAAGCCUUAAAGUAUGAGCCAUUUGAUGAACCAACUAAUCUAGCAGUUCGUCCUCCAGGUGAUGGAAGAGAAAUUUUUCAAUCCUAUGACGAAUCUACGGAAGCCCAGUAUGACGAACUACAGACAGAUAACGGAGGCACAUCAGAUACGAAUGUAGAAGAGGAAAUCAAAAAUCGCUAUCACAACAGUAAUGUUAAUAAUCUGGCCAGUUUUCUUGUCGAACGUGCCUGCAAAAAUCCAACGCUAGCCAAUUAUCUGUACUGGUAUCUAUCGAUUGAAUGUGAAGAUGAAAGAAUCGGUAAGAAGGAUCUAAAAAUAAGCGAAAUGUACUCCAACGUGCUACGGAUGUUUUUGAAUCGUUUGUAUAAAGGGACGCCAGAAAUGAAAAUGACCCACGCACAGUUAAAGGAGCAGCAGCACUUCGUCGAUCGUUUGGUAACACUGGUGAAGAUAGUGGCGAAAGAGUCGGGCAACAGGAAGCGUAAGACGGAGAAAUUUCAGCAGUUUUUGGCAGAAUCGAGCUCUUCCAACUCUACUACGAAGUUCAACUUUAACAGCUUUGGCCCGAUAGUGUUCCCGCUAGAUCCCAGCGUACAGAUAGCGGGCAUUGCUGCAGAAAAGGUUUCUUUGUUCAAAAGUGCCUUAAUGCCGUCAAAAUUGACCUUUCGCACCACUACCGGAAGGGAUUACGUGGCGAUCUUUAAACAUGGAGACGAUCUUCGACAGGAUCAGCUGAUUUUGCAAAUGAUUACUCUGAUGGAUAAGUUACUGCAGAAAGAAAAUCUCGACCUAAAGCUAACGCCAUACCGUGUGUUAGCCACGAGCUCUAAGCAUGGGUUUAUGCAAUAUAUUGAUUCGGUAACGGUGGCCGAAGUGCUCAACACGGAAGGAAGCAUUCAUAACUACUUCCGUAAAUUUAAUCCCUGCGAAACGGGUCCAUUCGGCAUCAUGCCGGAGAUAAUGGACACGUAUAUUAAGAGCUGUGCAGGAUACUGCGUCAUAACAUAUCUGCUGGGAAUCGGUGAUCGACAUCUGGACAAUUUGUUGCUCACAUCGAGCGGGAAACUGUUUCACAUCGAUUUCGGAUAUAUUUUGGGUCGUGAUCCAAAACCAAUGCCUCCACCAAUGAAGCUGAGUAAGGAGAUGGUCGAGGCGAUGGGCGGAAUCAAUUCAGAGUACUAUAACACCUUCCGCAAAUUGUGCUACACCGCAUUCUUACAUCUACGUCGCCAUGCAAACGUAAUGCUUAACCUUUUCGGUUUGAUGGUGGAUGCGUCCGUUCCUGACAUUGCAUUAGAGCCUGAUAAGUCGGUGAAAAAGGUAGAGGACAAUUUACGACUGGAUCUGUCCGAUGAAGAGGCGGUGCAGCAUUUGCAAAAUUUGUUGGACAUCUCAAUAACGGCCGUCAUGCCAGCCUUGGUAGAACAAAUACACAAGUUGGCACAGUACUGGCGAAAGUAA